AUUGUGAAAUAGGACACCUAGGAGUCGUCUACAUUCUUAACCCUUUCCUGUGUCCAUUCUGUACAUGUUUCCUGUUGGAAAUACCACACUAUUAUUUAUUUAUAAUAAAAAGUCUAAUGUAAUCACAGUCAGACUGAAACUGAAGCAGGAAAGUUGUAGAGGUGGCGUACCAUUGACUAGACGCUCUUGAUUCAGCGGUCACAGGUUUUUUUUUCUUCAUUUCAUUACGCCGAAACCGAGGUUAAAAAGCGGUGGGAACGCUCUUAGGAAGAGGGGGAUGGAUUAAAGGGAAGGGGUAGCCUUCUGGAAACGGCAGGGUGUUUCCUCAACUCUAUAGGAAGAGUUUAAUCAAAUGUUAAUAGACUUUAAGUAGGCUUCACCGCGGGUGGACCGCGAAUCAACAGCACCCAGAACACAGAAAGCGAAAACGCAAUGUCGGGAGCUGUGCAUGGUUUGGAAUAGAGUGAGAGAUGGAGGGGGAGACUGAGAAGGAGCCGGCAGAGGAGAAGGAGAGCGAUGACACAGGACAGUCUGGCGAGGAAGAGGAAGGAGGGACACGGCAUCACAAGACUUCUGAGUGUGCCGAACCGGACCAGGACCUACCCAUAAUGCACUGGGAGGACCUGAGCCUGAGGAUCGCUGAGCUGGAGAAACAAGAGGAGGAGAGGAGGGAAAGGGCAAAGAGCGCGAGCGGGUCGGAGCUGCUGACGGGAUCGGAGGGGAGGAUGGACGAGAGGCGGGGGGGCGCAAGGAGGCAGAGCGGGGAGGACGAGGUCGAGCCCAGAAGCUGUCGGGUCACUGUGAUCACUUCUCGGUUUACCCAUAAUAAAAACCUCCAGCUGUGCUAUAUCAACAAUAGUGAAAGUGAUGAAGAGGAGGCAGGAACUGGUAAAGAGGGCUCUACAGGAGCAAGUAGCAACGGUUACCACCCUUCUGGCCUGAAGCAGGAAGUGAAGGUUGCACUGAGGGCGCUACGGGACAAGCUGUGGGCAGAACAGAAAGAGAAGGAGCAUCUUGCCAGCUGUACCGCUGCAACCAGGAGGACGCACCUGGACCUCAUUGACCUCCGGCUCUGCUCUCUCCAACACCUGCUCUCCCUCAGGGUGUCCCUCGGCCAGGAAGUACAGGACCUGAGCUCAGAGCUGGUGUGCCACCUGCUGGAAAGGGACCAGCUAAGGACCAAACAAGACGCCAUGCUCAUGGAUGUACAGGAUCUGACAUAACACUCGCAAACAGGAUGUGACAUCAGAGCAGGAUGUGACAUCGCUGACGGACACAGGAAGUUAGACAGAGCAGCAGGAGAGCACUGUGGGAUCUCUGAGGGUCGACGGCUCGCUUUGCAGGGAGGUCCGUUUGAAUCUGUUAGCGACUGUUGGAACAAACACUCCGAAGUGGGAACAAUGACACGUUGAGAAGGAUUACACAGGAUUACGUCACGAUAUCUAUAUCGUAAAGAAUAUGGAUAGUCUAUCUGAUCCUUUGUUAGUAGCAUCGUUAUCAAAUGUAUUGUAACAGAACGUACAGUAUGUUUAUUUGUACUCAUGCACUUAACAAUAUGGAGUCAUAUUAGAGGGAUGUUUUGAGCCACAUGUGGUAUGCUUAACAUCUGUUCUGAUUUAUCUGACACCUUCCAAGGAGCAGAAAGCCCUGGGAGAAGUCGAUCGCUAAGUGAAAGCACUUUCAUAAAUAUGACCACCCAGCUUUGAGUUGUAUUACCUACAAACAAAUAAGGGAUGCUACUUUGUCUCCAUGUUUUAUUGUGUUUAAGUGUAUAAGGGAAUAGUCCACUCAUAGUGUGUUAAUAAUGUAAUACACACAAGCUAAGGGAUUGCGAAUUCGGGGUGAAUGUCCAACAAAUAUUUUAUGUCAAUUCAAGGAAGGGAAGCCUUGAAUCUGCCACUGAAAGGGAAUCGUCCACUUGUGGUGUGGUACAGUAGUUAGUAUCAGUUGUUAACCAUUGAGAUAAUGAUCUUGACAUGUUUGUACCUGUUAUUUACAUUUACAUUUAGUCAUUUAGCAGACGCUCUUAUCCAGAGCGACUUACAGUAAGUACAGGGACAUUCCCCCGAGGCAAGCAGGGUGAAGUGCCUUGCCCAAGGACACAACGUCAGUUGGCAUGACCGGGAAUCGAACUGGCAACCUUCGGAUUACUAGCCCGAUUCCCUCACCGCUCAGCCACCUGACUCCCAUUACCCACCUAUGAUGCUAGCGGAGGUUUUACGACCAUAACUGCCAUUUUCAUAGGAACUACCUGCUACUUCCUAUAAUGUCCUGUGCCUUACUAUGCAGCCGUUCCAUUUCAGCGAGGUCUCAGCAAAUCACGCAUAUGAGAAAGGCAUAAGCCUAAAUUGAAGGAUUGAUAGCCAUAGACAUGAGUCCCUUUCCUAUUGUCUUGAAUUUAAAGGCCAUUUUCAUUUUUAAUCUCUAAAGUAUUGUUUUUUUCAGUAUUGACUUUUUCUUACUAAUUUUGCAUUUAAUAAACCGUAAAUGGGUACUGUA